AUGCACACUAUCCCAAUAACCACUGAUUCUGCCUCCUCAUGGGAUUGGCCUCUACAACACAACGAUGGUGUUGUCAAAGUGACGAAUACUUCUGAGAAAUUCGAAGUUGGACUUGAUGCUGGAUUCUUCGGACCAAGCGAUAUUGAUGUCAAAGUCAACGGAUUAGAAAUCAUUAUUCAUUUGAGACAUGAUGACCGUCAAACCGAAUACGGUAUCGUUAAUCGAGAGAUUCAUCGUACCUACAAACUCCCGGAUGAUGUUGAUCCAGCCACAGUCAAAUCUCAUCUGAAUUCAUCUGGAGUUCUCACUAUCACCGCCAAAAAACUCUAA